AUGGAGAGUUCAAGUAAGCUGGACAGUGCGAUAUUUAUCAAGAAAUUAGUUGAUUUCCGACCGAAAGGUCAAAUAACCCAUUUAUGUUCGAGCAAUGGUGAAAUGUUGCUGGUAAUCGGUGCACGACAACUGCUUCAUUAUGCACUUCAAAACACUAGUAGGCAAAUUGAUGUUGUUUUGCCGUUAUUAAUGCAUGAUCGUAUUGCUUAUGUUCAUCUUAGUCCUAAUGGUCGUCAUGCAAUCAUAAGUACAACUGGCGCGGAUAAUUUUUACUUGAAUUUGAAACACGAUUCAGCAAAACAGUUGAAAAAAAUGAAAGGACAUGUGAUAAGUUCCGUAGGUUGGAAUAUGGAAGUUUUAACAGAUAACGAAACAGGCUUCAUCGUUCUGGGUACUACGAAAGGUUCUCUGUUUGAAUCAUCGAUCAUUUCAAGUGGCACAGUUGCUUAUGUUCGUGAAUUGACCAGUAAUUUAAGCGGAAUAAAAGAUCUAUCUAUAACUGGCAUUGAAAUGUGUCAUUGUGAAGACGAAAACCAGAAAUCGAGAUGGGCUAUGUUUGUGUGUCUUCCUGGAAGGCUGUAUUGUUUGAGCGGACAAAUCAGUACGAAGCAUGAUGUUACUGGGGUACAGCCAGUUAUGAGUACAAUUUGGAGCUCUGCGUUUGCUGAAUAUAAUCAUGCUAUCUUACAGCCUUUAUUUGCUUCCAAAGCAUCAGUUCGUUUUCAUUCUAUGGAUGAUGGGCAACGCAGUUUGCCUAGCACAUUUGUUGUCUAUCCAAAAGUGAGUAAUGAACAACCAACUACGUUUUGUUGGGUUGGUGCUGAUGGCUACACACUGGGACGAAUAGAUUUGACAGUUUCAGAAGCAUAUGACAUGAUUGUUGAAGAAGCACAUAUACAACAUCAAUUAAUGGAUGGACGUUACAGUUAUCCUUUGGAUGUUGCAUUAACAGAAUACAAUGUUUUGUUAUUAUAUAGUAAUCAUAUUGAAGCUGUUUCAUUACUCAAUAAGAGGCCAAUUUUUGAUGAUACCAUUGGAACGGAUUGUGGUCAGGUAAAAGGAAUGUGUCGUGAUACUGUGUCCGAAAUGAUUUGGGUAUAUACUGAUGUCACUGUGUGGAAGUAUCGGCCAAAUGAAGAAUUCAGAGACAUUUGGCAGAUCUAUUUGGAACGUGGUGACUACGGAAAAGCACGGACUAUCACAAAUAAAUUGAGUAAUCCAGCACCACAUCAGCUAGUUGUUAAGAAAGAAGCUGAAAAAUACAUUGCAGAAAAAAAUUUCACUGCUGCAGCGGAAGUCCUUGCGGAAUCAACCGAACCUUUUGAAGUUAUAUUACUUAAAUUUUUGUCAACGAAGGAGGAUCGGCGAGAUGGUCUUAAACGUUUCUUGGAACUUAAGUUGAAAUCAAUGUCAAAUACGGAGGAUAAAAUACAAAGAGAUGCCUUGGUUCUCUGGUUGUUGGAAGUACAGUUAACAGAAUUCGCAGAGUUACGUCGAGAUGGGAAACAGGCUCGGUUGGAGGGAACAGAGUUAACAAGCGAAGGAACAAAUAUUGAGCAGCAAAUCAAAAAUAUGCGUCAGCAAAUUGAACUAUUUCUUGCUCGCUCUGUUGUUCUGGAAGCUGUGGAAGUAAAUCGUGACGCAGUUUAUCAUCUAAUCACUUCACAUGCACACUUUGAUAUUCAGCUCUACCUCGCUCAAAAGCUAAAAGAUUAUGUGACAACUGUAAAUGUUUACUUGCUGCAGUCUGACUAUGAGAAAGUUUUGGAAGUGAUACGAAGACAGCACAUUUUGGAACUUUAUUAUAAGCAUUCUCCAUUGUUAAUCGAGAAAAUACCAACCGAAUUAAUAGCAGCUUGGAUCGAGGAAGGUAAGAGACUUGUGUCGGAUCGUCUUUUGCCGGCGCUGUAUCGUUGUCAAGAUGUGUCGAAAACAAAGAUGGUUACUGCUGCUUUGAAAUAUCUCAGUUUUGUAAUAGAUCAAAAUUGGGCAAGCCGAGCAAUGCAUAAUUUUAUGAUAACAUUAUGUGCUGAGUUCAAGCAGGAAGAACUGUUGAAUUAUUUUGAAAAAUACGGUUAUGACAGAAAUCUAGUUCCGUACGAUGUUGAAUAUGCCCUAAGAGUUUGUAUUGAGAGACAAGCAUUGAAGCGAUGUUGUGUUUUUAUGUAUUGUGUGAAUGAACUGUACGACGAAGCUGUUUCUCUUGCUUUAACGAUUGAUGUUGAAUUGGCAAAAACUUGUGCAAAACGAAUGGUGGAACCUAAUGAAAAUGAAUACGAUUUCUUGCUGCCUAAUUCAAUGAAGCCCAAAUUUUCGAUUGAGAUGCGAAGAAAAACUUGGCUUCAAAUAGCGCGACAUGUAAUUGAGAAGCAAGAAGAUAUAGCUGCAUGCGUAAGCCUGCUGAAAGAAUCGGAUAACACUAUCAAAAUACAGGACUUACUACCAUUCUUUCCAGAAUUUACGACUAUCGAAUAUUUUAAAGGGCCAUUAUGUGAAUGUCUAAAAGAGCAUUCCGGAAAAAUCAAGCAACUUCAAUUGGAAAUGAAGAAUGCAACGGAAAUGGCACAGCGAAUCCUUCAUUUCCGGUUCACCAUAAUUCGUACUAACGAUCAAUGUGCUUCAUGUUCGGAACCUGCGAUGAUGCGACCGUUUUAUACAUUUGCUUGCCGACAUUUUUUUCACAAGGAUUGCUUAGAAUCGGAGUUGAAAUCUCACUGGACUCUGCAAGAGCAGGAAAAAUAUAGCUGUUUGGUUGAAAAGGAGAAAAUAUUGGAGAAGCAACUUGAAAAAUCGAAAUCUUCAAACUGGGCACAAAAGAAAAUAAAUGAAUUUCAAGAAGAGCUGGAACAUAUACGCAAUGAAAUUAAUGAUACUGUUGCUGGUGAUUGUAUCUUUUGUGGUAUUGUAAUGAUUAACUCUAUCGAUAAGCCGUUUUUUGAAGAAGACGAAUAUGAAAAAGAAAUAGCGACUUGGUAA